CGCAGUGUGAGUUUGACGCAGGCACAUGUGUGAUUGGUUCUACUUAUAAUUUUCUAUAACGAUUGGAUUUCAUAUUCAGAACUAGAUUUAUUAAAAUUCUGAUACGAUGCUAGUGGAAGAAAUUUAACACAAAAUGCCGGAUAUGAAAUACAUUUUAGUAACUGGUGGUGUCAUCAGCGGUGUAGGGAAAGGUGUCAUCGCAAGUUCUUUCGGGACAAUUUUAAAAAGCUGUGGUAUUGAUGUUACGUCUAUAAAAAUAGACCCCUAUAUUAAUAUUGAUGCUGGUACCUUCUCUCCAUAUGAACAUGGUGAAGUUUACGUGCUUGAUGACGGAGGUGAAGUGGACCUUGAUCUUGGCAACUACGAGCGUUUCUUGGAUAUCACACUGCAUCGAGACAACAAUAUCACAACCGGGAAGAUUUACCAACAGGUCAUUGAACGUGAAAGGCGAGGGGACUAUCUUGGAAAGACUGUUCAAGUUAUACCACAUAUAACGGAUGCUAUUCAAGAAUGGGUACAAAGGGUGGCACAUAUUCCAGUCACACCAGAUAAUUCCCCACCCAAGGUGUGCAUUGUGGAGUUGGGAGGCACAAUAGGUGAUAUUGAAGGAAUGUCAUUUGUAGAAGCAUUUAGACAAUUCCAAUUUAGAGUUAAAAGAGAAAAUUUCUGCUGUGCUCAUGUCUCCUUGGUGCCAAUGCCAAAAUCAACAGGUGAACCAAAAACAAAACCCACACAAUCAUCAGUCAGAGAACUAAGAGGACUUGGUCUGUCCCCUGAUUUAAUUUUAUGCCGUUCUGAAAUACCUAUUGAUCACACAGUUAAAGAAAAGAUUUCCAAUUUCUGUCACGUCGGACCUGAGCAGGUUAUAUGCAUACAUGACCUGAGCUCUGUAUAUCACGUGCCACUGCUGAUGGAAGCACAAGGAGUGGUGCAGUAUCUCAAUGAAAGACUGCAGUUGAAUAUGUCCGUGCCUCGUCCAGGAAGAUUUAUGCAGAAAUGGCGUAACCUAGCGAAGAGGGUGGAAAAUUUACGUAAAGAAGUGAACAUAACUUUAGUCGGGAAGUACACAAAGUUAGAAGACAGCUAUGCGAGUGUUACUAAAGCGUUACAGCACGCAUCUAUAGCAGCUGGAUAUAGACUCAUUCUGACUUAUGUGGAAGCUGUUUCCUUGGAGCGUCAGACAAAGAUAGAUGAUCCUGUUAGCUAUCAUAAGGCUUGGCAGGAUCUUUGCAAGUGCGAUGGUGUCAUUAUCCCUGGUGGAUUCGGCCAAAGGGGAAUGGAGGGAAAGAUUGAAGCAGCUCAAUGGUGUCGCGAAACACAGAAACCUAUGCUGGGCAUCUGUUUGGGACUGCAAGCCGCUGUUAUAGAAUUUGCUCGAAACGUCCUCGGUCUGAAGGGAGCUAAUACCACAGAAGUAGAUCCUAAUUGUGAAGACAAACUGGUCAUCGAUAUGCCUGAACACCAUCCGGGAAAUCUAGGCGGUACAAUGAGAUUGGGCAAACGCAAAACGUAUUUGGAAUCUAGUUUAAUAUCACAACUAUACAAGAAAGAUAUAAUAGAGGAGCGUCACAGGCACCGGUACGAGGUAAACCCGGAGUACAUAGAGCGGCUGGAGGCGGCCGGGCUGCGCUUCGUGGGCAAGGACGAGACGCGCACGCGCAUGGAAGUGGCGCUAGUGGACGGACACCCGUACUACGUCACAGUGCAGUUCCACCCUGAAUACCUCUCCAGACCGCUGUCACCCAGCCCACCAUUCAUGGGAUUAAUACUAGCCUCAUUAGGAAAGUUGAAAUCUUAUCUCUCUAAAGGUUGCCGACUGAGCCCGAGAAACCAGUCAGAUGUUAGUUCAGAUGAAGAAGAUAUCUCAGUGUCAUCGUUAAGUUUAAUUGAAGAGAAAACUGUCAUUGAAAAUGGCAAGCAUGUCAACGGUGUUAAGUAAACAGAUCAAUUUAAGCUAAUCUUGAUAGAUUUAAGUGCAAAUGUAAUUCCAUGUGAAAUAUAAAAUAUCUAUGUGUAUCUCAAAUUAUACUUAUUAACUUCUAAAUAUAUUUUGACCAGUGUAUAUUACUUUAUAUAUAUUUAAAUGUCAAAAUGACGUUAUAUAUUUUAAUACGCCAAUAUCUGUUUCCUUGUAAUCUAAAUGUUGUGCUUACAUUUAAUCCAGUUUCACUCUGUAGCGAAAUUGCUAUUUUUAUAAAAAUACUCUUUAGAAUUCUUUGUAUGUAUAAAGUUUGUUCUAGAAGUAUUACCUGAAUUAAUAUAGAGUGAGCGAGAUGGACAUAUGCACAUGACAAAGAAAGAAUGUAUUGUGAGUUUCUUCGUUUUGGGCUACUUUUUGUCAACUUCAGAUAAACAAAAGCUUGCAGCCUUUAUUCAACUUGUACUCUGUAGUAUUUAAUAUAUUUUCUUAUAGUGUAAUAACUAUAAAAUUGGUAUCUUAGAAUCUGAUACAUUAUUAUUGAACAGUUAAAUUGAUUUAUAAAUUUAGCAUAAUAUUACAUAGUUGAAUUAAUUCAAUGAAAAUUAUUCCAGUAUUGUUUGUGAAUAAACUUAUGCUAUCUCCUUUUAUUAUAUAUAUUUUUUAGUGGAAAGGAUUGUUAUAUUUCUCUUAUGCAAGAAUAUUCUUUAAUAAUUUCCUUUGCGAAAAUGUAAUUGUCGUAUUUUUAUUUUUUGUUUUGGAAUAUUGGAUUAUUCUCUGAAUCUUUUACUGUUGUACCAAUUUGGUACAUCUUUUAAAUCAUUCCUUUUGUUUCAUAAAAAAAUUGGUAGAAACUGAAAACUAAUGAAUUUGUCCAACAAACUAAUGAAAGCUGUCAUAAUAAAUUUUAAUCCGAAUAA